ACUAUUCUAUUAUUUCCAGUAUAGGGAGGUAUGGCUAUAGAAAUAGAUUGAUUAUUCAUUAUAGAAAACUCUGCAGCCAGAUAGCUUCAGAUUAGUCCGUCUGCCUUUGGGGCUCUGGCCAGGCCUUGGGCUUCUCAGGGCUGGGGCUUCUCUUUCCAGGUUUAAUCCUCUCUAGCUUCUAUUGCACAAGAGCAGUCUGAUAGCAUAACAAGAGACACGUGCCUUUGUAGCUUUGAAAGCUUGGACCACUCGCCAUUGUUCUUUGGGCAGGUGGGCUCCUUGGCCUUAUCACUGCACUCUAGACACUCUAGUGUUAUUUUUAAUAAUGACCUAGUCAAAUCCCACAUUCCCCUUAAGACUCAGUUCAAAUACAGUAACACCACACUGUCCGCUGACUUAGUUACUCUCAGUUAACCAGGGGAAAAAUGAAAAAAAAAAUUAGAAAAUUCCAGGAAAUAAAAAGAAAAUAGUUCAUAGUUUAAACCUAUCUCUUUUUGAGACAGAGCAAGACAGAGAUAGAGGGUUGGUCUCUUCUUCCUUUUCUUUCUUUCUUUUUUUAAAUAUAGGCUCCAUCGUGCGCGCCCCUCUGAUGGAAUUGAGAGAGGGCUCUACACGGGUCCCCAAACUUUUAUUGGAGAAUUCUGGAACGGGGAGUGGGAGGUAGCCAAUGAGCAAGUGACAUGGCAUAGGCUUUAACACUGGCUCAAUUGGCAAUCACAUAAUCAUAGAGGAGGAAGUUAAUCAAACAUGUGACUUCGUAAGGAAUGUAGUGGGAGCUAGGGCCCUGUGGCAAAUGCUGUCUUGCUUAGGAAUUCUUUUGUCCUUUGGAUUGAAGAUUUGGGAAUUCAAUAAUCAGUAAGUAACAUGACCCUGAGUCUGGUAUAUGAACACCUAAGAUACAAUAGCAAUGCAGCAAUCAUACUUUCAAGAUGCUAAUAUACCUGGUAUGCCACAUAUCUCCCUUGUUGUUUAAAAAUUAAGAUGAGAGUGUGUAAUGGUAAAAAGAAAUUAUAAACUAAACAAACACAACAACAAAAUAAUGAGUAGCAAAAAUAACAAAUAAGUAAAAAAAUUCUAAAUCAAAUAGCAAAAUUAAAUUUAAAAGUUUAUAUAAGACCAAUAAUAAAAAGAAAUAAUAAAAAUAACCUUAACUCAUUAGUGAUCAGGUGUAAUAAUAUAGCAUUUUAUCCAUGUUCAGCCAGGACUGUAAGAAGUUGCCAGAGCUUUAAAUCUAAAGAAAACUAUAGUCUGAGGUGAGAAAGAAGCCUCUCCCUUGGUCUGAUUAUGCGGAGAGCCCUUGGGAUAUUGAAGCCAAGAAGCCAGCCACAGAGAUAUUUGGUUGUAACUGGUACCAGGCCGACCUGUGCUUGAGAGUGUCAAAACACCGCGUCCUUUUACCUCCAAUCUUAGCAACCAGUAUUUAUCCGUCUUUUUGCAUUUUAGGCCUCUCUAUGCCUCAGCCUUCCUGGCAAAGUGUGAUGUAUCCACUGCAAUCCCUUCUGCAAUCAGACACAAUAACUCGUACUAGUCCCAUGAGGUUUAACAAAUGCUUGCAAGUUCCUACAGUCUUAAGUUUUGGGGCAGCAGUUCCUGUCCAAAGAUCCUUGUAGUUUCAUCUCCUUGCCCAUCGAGCAAGACAGACGCAUCAGUUCAUCAGAAUGUAUGUGAUGAGGCUCAGGGAAUAAAUGGAAAAGCACCAGUUAAAGCGUCCGCCUCUUCAGCUGCACAUCCAAAGCCACAAGUGCCUCCAAAACCACUGCAUCUGCAGAAUUCACCUUCAUCCAAUCAAUUCCAGACACCCAAGCAUAAAACUUUUCCUAGUGUAAAACCAAGGAUGGAGGAAGUUAAGCCUGUCCCUGCUUUUAUCUCAAAAGAAAAACCCAGCAAAGUAUCCGAUCUAAUCAGCCGCUUUGAAGGAGGCAGCUCAUCAUCCAAUUCUUCUGACUUGAAGAAGGAGCUUUCUGUUAGUCAGACGGUUUCUAAAGCUCAAGGAAGACAUGGAUUGACAACAGCCCUUCAGCCAAAACUCCUAUCUCAACAUCCACUACAGAAGCAGGAAUCCAAUACAGACCAAACUCAGGAUGUACAGAAACACACAGCCAAUGGUGUGAUUGGAGCACAAAAAGAGAUGGAAUGUGAAGACAGUAAAUUCCCCGCUGUUAGCCCUGAUACUUCUAAUCAGACUUUGGAACCAUCCCUUCCGAAUAGCUUGGCAAAUGGAGAAAAGGACAGAACAGCUGCCAAUUCCUCUUUCCCCACAACAGAUAUCUGCAAAGGAAGUGCUCUAAGUAGUUGUUGUAGGACUUCAAGUCGGAACCCCUUACUUUUGUUGGAGAAGGAGCACACGGAAAUGAAACCUCCGGAAGAAGAAAAAGAUGAAGAAAGCCCGCUUGAACUUGAGAAGCAGGAUCUGUCCAUAGAAACCAAGGAGACAGAUGAACAGAAACUUCACAAAAUUGCCACUGAACUCUUGCUUACAGAAAGAGCCUAUGUUAAUCGACUUGACCUUUUAGACAAGAUAUUUUAUUGCCAACUCUUAGAAGAAGCUAAUCGAGGCUCAUUUCCAGCUGAGAUGGUGAACAAGAUAUUUUCCAAUAUUUCAUCAAUAAAUGCAUUCCACAGUAAAUUCCUUUUACCAGAGCUGGAGAAACGAAUGCAAGAAUGGGAAACAACCCCUAGAAUUGGGGACAUCCUCCAGAAGCUGGCUCCUUUCCUCAAAAUGUAUGGAGAGUACGUGAAAGGCUUUGAUCAUGCAAUGGAAUUAGUUAAAAGCAUGACCGAACGGAUGCCCCAGUUUAAAUCAGUAGUUGAAGAAAUUCAGAAACAAAAGAUCUGUGGGAAUUUGACACUACAGCAUCACAUGCUAGAACCUGUACAGCGAAUCCCCCGCUACGAGCUGCUUGUGAAGGACUAUCUAAGGACAUUGCCUCCUGAUUCCCCAGACUGGAAGGAUGCUAAAAAAUCACUUGAAAUUAUCUCUACUGCAGCAAGCCAUUCCAAUAGUGCAAUACGGAAAAUGGAGAAUCUUAAAAAGCUAUUAGAAGUUUAUGAAAUGUUGGGUGAAGAGGAAGACAUUGUGAAUCCCUCAAACGAGCUGAUCCGGGAAGGCCAGAUCCUUAAGCUCGCGGCUCGAAACACAUCAGCUCAGGAACGUUAUCUUUUCCUAUUCAACAACAUGUUGCUCUACUGUGUGCCAAAAUUCAGCUUGGUGGGAUCUAAAUUCUCAGUUCGAACUAGAGUUGGGAUCGACGGGAUGAAAAUCGUAGAAACGCACAAUGAGGAAUACCCCCACACGUUUCAGGUUUCCGGAAAAGAACGAACACUGGAACUACAGGCCAGUUCUGAGCAAGACAAAGAAGACUGGAUCAAGGCACUCCAGAAUACUAUUGAAGCUUUUCAUCAAAGGCAUGAAACGUUCAGAAAUGCUAUAGCAAAAGAUAAUGACAUUCACUUGGAGGUGUCUACUGCUGAGCUUGGGAAAAGGGCCCCAAGAUGGAUCCGAGACAACGAGGUCACCAUGUGCAUGAAAUGCAAAGAGUCUUUUAACGCCCUGACGCGGAGGAGGCAUCACUGCCGAGCGUGCGGACACGUUGUCUGUUGGAAAUGUUCCGACUAUAAAGCUCAGCUGGAAUACGACGGUGGUAAAUGGAACAAAGUGUGUAAAGACUGCUAUCAAAUAAUAACCGGCUGCACGGACAGCGAAGAAAAGAAAAGGAAAGGAAUCUUGGAGAUUGAAUCAGCAGAGGUUUCUGGAAAUAGUGUCAUAUGCAGCUUUCUUCAUUAUAUGGAAAAGUCUAAGCCCUGGCAGAAAGCGUGGUGUGUGAUCCCGAAACAAGAAGCUCUCGUGCUCUACAUGUAUGGAGCCCCACAGGAUGUCAGAGCUCAAGCAACCAUCCCGCUCCUGGGCUACAUGGUGGAUGACACACCGAAGAGUGCUGACCUCCCUCACAGUUUCAAACUGACCCAGUCCAAGUCUGUGCAUAGCUUUUCUGCAGACAGUGAAGAGAUGAAACAGAAAUGGUUGAAAAUCAUCCACUUAGCUGUCAAAGGUGAGACCCCAGAGUAUCCGAGCGAACUACAAGUCACUGUCAAUGAGCAUCCUGGACUAACGAGAAAGGCAGAGUGCUGAAUUCCAGGUUCCCGCUACACGCUUCUCAAAGAAUCGAGUUCUGUUGUGGCAGUGGUGGGGCCACGGAACGAGCCGACCAAGAAAAGAAGAGCUCCAGGAGAAAAGACAUUCCCAGCAACCCUAUACCUUUUAGCACUUUAUGUUGAAAAUACAGGUUCAUGAGCAAGUCGGGGGGAGGGGGGGUUAAAAACAGACUAUUUUCUUAAACUUCCUGUACCUUUAGUGAAAUUGUCAUACAGUCAUUUCACCGAUAAUUUUUUAGAAAUGUGAACUACUGAAACAUCUUUAAGAACUCGGUCUUGAGCAUCUACUAAAUCACUUUGGUUUGUCUUAAAGAACAUGGCAUUUGAUUCUCUUGCUGUUAGGUUAAAAUUGUCACGGGUUCUUCGUUGUAGUCUUUGCUCAUGGAGAAUCUGUGACAAUUUGAAAGAUAUACCUCCAUAUUGCCAAAAUAGAUAUGUAGUGAAAAAUACAGGAAUAGUUUUGUUUAAUGCAUUCAGUUUAUUGAAGUUAGUAUCUAAAGCUAUUUACACAAGUUGUGUAUGUUCUAAUGUAUUUUCUUAUAGAAAAAAUCAGAAAGAAAUUACAUUGACUUUUAGAAUUUCAAUUUAUCAAGAAUAAAGAGCUAAUUGUUUUUCUUAAAAAAUGUAUUAUUCAAAUAAGAAAAAGAAACAGAAAUAUGAGCAUUCAUGUAUAUGUAAUAUCUAACCAACAUAGACUGUACUUUGACCUCAUGGUUUUAGGAUCCUACUUGUCCGUUAUUUAUUUUUUAAAAAGCAAAGCAUGUUUUAUCUUGGAAUUAAGCAAAGUAAUCUAAAAAAGGUUUUGAAAAUUUGCGUUUAAUUAGUUGAUGCCUAAUGGGCUUGAUAUUUUUAUAAGCUUAACGGAAAUCGCAGUUUAUAUGGCAUGUAUCGAUAAUGAAUUCCAACUCUGUCUUAAGACUAUUCAUUUUUCUUUUUGUUCUGUGCCUAUUUAAAACAGUGCCUCUAUUGGAAGGUGCUAAUAUUUCAAGAUAGGGUGUAGAUUCAGUUAGCAAUGUUUUGGGGUUCAUUACUUUAAGAUAAGAUAAAUCACCAUUUUGAUCACUGGGACACUCAGAGCAUUGAGAACAUUUCCCUUUUAGAAUCAUCUGAAUAUUGAAAUAACAAACAUCAUCAAUUAUUUGUAAGGAUUCUCUUCCUUUCGCUAAUAUUUGAAAAUGGUCUCCCUGUGGGAAACCUAAUUGAGCUAGAGCUUGGGGAAACUAGUAGGUAAACCUUUCCUUUGUAGAAAAAAUUUUCAGUAAAAUUUUUCACUUAUUUUCUAGAUUUCGGCACAUUUAAAUGUAGCAUGUAGAUUCUCAUUACUGUAUAUUUAUGCCAUCCAUUUAGGAAGCACUGACUUUGUGUAAAUCACUCUGUGCAGUAGCACAAUUUCACUUGAAUUUCUUAAGAUUGUUAAGUCUUAGACAACUAAUACAAUUUCAAAUAUCGGGGAAAGUACUGCAAUCUUUUUACAUUAAAACCUAGGUUAAAAUAAGUAUACAAACUUUUAUUAUCCAAAAUCUAUAAAACUCUGUUUUUGCCCCUAAGAUCAAUAUUCCUGGAAGAAAGAAAGAAUUUCAUUUUUGAAGAUAUUUAAAAAGCUUACAGAUUUGGGGAAGGCUUACAGAGGGAUCUGAAAAAAUCUUUUGAUGACUUUUGUUUUUUUACUGGAGAUUUUACUUUUCCAAAUCCCAUCUCUGCUUAGAUACGAUUCAUUGUUCUUGGGAUUAAAAUGUCAUUAUCUUCUCAAGUCAUAUUUAUUUCGUCAACCAUCUAUUUAUUCCUAAAUGUGAUUUCUAAAAGACUCAUAAGCUUGCCUGAACUGCAACCGAAAAGAGUAACAAAACCUUUUUUCAAAAUGUUUUAGACUAAAUUAAAAUUUAGAUUAGACUGUUAGCCCUGAAAUUCAGGCCCCUUUUAAUAAGACACCAUUUAAUCAAUGCUAUUUAUUCCUUCAAAAAGAAGCAGGCAGAUAUCAUUUGGAAAUAACAGAAUUGUUUGUUUUUUUCCUUUUACGUGGAAUGUAAACCAACUCUGAAAGUCGAAUACCGAGGGCCAAAAAGGAUGCUUUUUUUGGUAGACAUCAGAGAGCAAACUCAAGAGAAAAUGGGGUAUUGCCCUUCUCUUCUAGGCUCCUGUUAAAUGUUUUUUGGGGAACAAGAAAAUGCUAGACACAAAUGAUAAAUUGAUCAGUUUUUGCCUAGAGAUGUUGGAAACAAUAUAAAAAUGGAACUGGUUCUAAGGGGAGGGAGAAUGGUCAGUGUGUGGCCCAAAUAUGGCUCCAUGAACCUGACGGUGGCAAGAAAGUCUCUAUAGUAUUACUUCCUCCGAAGACAAACCCAAAACCCCAAUUCUCUCACGUUUUGACUUGAUAUAUUGGAGGUAGCAGCAAAAAUAAAACCCCAAAAGACAUUAUUUGUCCACCAUUCUACAUGGGGAAAGCAUGACGAUGUACUUUUUAUUUUUUAUAGAGCAAAGAAUAUGAUAAGAAUGACUCUCUUCUGCCGCCUCUGUCAUUUUUACGAAGGAAGAAGGCCCCCUUGCCUGUUUCUUUCUUCUUUCAGGAAAGAAUACAUUAAUGUUCUUCUUUGGUGAGUGAAGAGGCUUUAUUUUAGGUACCCAUAUGUGUAGCGAGGAGCCUACCAGGGUUUCGUCUGAAGGACUAUGUGUUACUUCUGAUUUCUGGGGUUUAUCAUUAUCCUUUCAGAACCAGGAUCCAGUCUCAGGCUUGUUCAUCAGAUCCUACAUCUCUACCUUGUGACCUUCUAAAGCAUCUCCUUCCUUUUAAGUCCUCCUUCAACUCCCAGAAGCCCCUGGAUGGCUGCAUUCAUGCACUCUGUCUGCUCUCCACAACAUGAAAACGUUCUGAUUCUUUGUUCCCUGCUCUCACUCUCCUUCUUGAGACUUACUUGAUGUUUUCGAUGUUGUAGAUCGUGCACUUUUUUAUAUCCAGCUUCUUAACAGCUUACUCACAGACAAACUACCAGCGGCCACUUUUCACCGUACCACAAUGCCGAUGCCACAGGUAUGCUCUGUAAGCAGUCUCGUUCUUCAGAGUAACGGCUUGGAUGGGAAGGGAUUUGCCCAAAAGGAGUGUAAAUAUCUCCUUUCUUGAGCCUAGAGCUAAUGCUGAUGCUGCACUUCAAUUUGCUGUCUUUCUAUUACAUUAAUGGAAUAAAUUAUUUAAAUACUUUUAAGGGAUAUGGAGAAUGACUUUAUUUAAAAUAGAUCUAGACUAUUUCUAAUCCUAGUUCUUAAUUUGAAAGUCAGAGUGGGGGGGGGGGGGUAAACUUCUUAUAGAAGCAAAGUACUAAAAGAAAUCCUAUCUGCCUCUAAGUAGAUUCGCUAAUAAAUGGUGGUAAAGGAUGCUCGUUUUUUAAUUUACGUAUUUUAAAAAAACUACAGGUUUUCUGGUACUACAGGGUUGUUGAAGAAUCCUUGAUGCCUUCUGAAAAAUGCUUCUCAGUUACAAUGAUUCUGUCGUCAGAGUGUUCGCCAUUGCUUUCUUGCUGCUGUCAUGAUCCUGAGAAUUGCUAUGGAAAUCAAGUCUUUUCUUUACUUUAAUAUGUUUAGUUCCUUCUCUUCUCUUUCUUCUCGGCUUGCUCUAGCAGAGAGCCUUCAUGAGUUCUUUCCUGGUGUUCCUGUCUAGAUUUUAGCUAACCAACAUUGGGUUGGCACAAGCACGACUCUGGUUUUUAUAAGAAUCUUGGCUACACAACACAGAAUGCAGUAAAUGGAAAUAAAAGCGGUUAGAUGUGGUUAGGUGCAUGACAUGCUUCACAAAUUUGAUGUCAUAUUUAUGGGCGAUUCAAAGGAAUUCAGAGAAUGUCUUAAAAGUUUGUUUCUCGAUAGCUGUAUUUUUCAUGAAUGUAUACCAGCUUGGAAGGGUAACGGGACUUGUCUGUUCUCAUCGUCGGUACUUCGGGAAUGUGCUUUAUGUAGAGCAGCUGCUCAUGUUUCUUCUUCUUCAUUCCUAUCCCCCUAGCAAUAGGCAAUCGCACAAUGAACUCAGAUUAAUCUUCAAGAAUAAUGCUUAUUGUCAGUUCUACACUAAGAUCUAUGGUUCAGUUCUUUAUGUGAAUCUCUUUUUGUAAGCUUGAAACAACUCUUUCACAGACAAAAAUUCAGUUAUUGACCCUGGGAGCAUUUCCUUCAUGCUGUCAAACGUUCUACAUAAUUGUUUACAUUGAUUUGGAAGUAACGGAUUCUAGUGCGUUGACUUCGUAUCUCUGGAGUGUCCGUGGGAUUUUGUACUCUUAACAAGGUUGGUGGGAGGAGACGGGGAGAAAGAGAGAGGGAAGAAAAGACACAUCAGAACAGGGACAGAGGGAAAUGUUCCCCCGAGAGCAAAGCAAUCUUUCUAUUGUUUCUAAGAAAUCUGAGUCAAUGGGGAAUACUGAAAAUGGGAAAAUGGGGAAACUAGACAUAUGCUCAGCAAAGGAGCAAAGCCAGGAUGAUUUGGCCAAGAUCGGCUUGCAGUGUGUGCAUACACUUUCCACCAGGCGUCAUCUUCCCAUCCUGGUUUUACUUAUUGCUGAUGCUUUCCUGAGUAAUUUCACCCUCUCGGGCCAUUCGACUCAGCUUACUGAGAGGGAAGUCAGCCGGCAGCUGUACAUUUCCAGGGCUUCCCAAGAUCUGGUGAAUAAAAUGGUCUCCCGAACUCUCGUUUCAUGCACAAAAUGGCGCCAUUUCUCUGACGUGUUUGUUGGUAAAUCAUCCUUGUAGUCUUCCUUGUUAAAAUGUGAAACUGGCACGGGCCACUACUGCAUAAAUUAGAUAAUGAUACCAAAAAGGCAGGUUUGAGGUGGGAAGCAUCGAAUCGCCUCACCUGUGAAAGACACCAACGAUGAAGGAACUGGAUCUGUGCUAUCCGUAUACGGGGAACAAAAAGGUACCAUGUGGGGACCGUUGGUCAUUGUCGGAACAGUCCUGUCUUCGAACAGACACGGCUUUAGCAGACUAGAGUAAAGCGCUGGCUUGAUGCUUUUGCAAAGGGUCGGUCUCCAAUGCCGCGUCGAAGGGUUUCCAAGUGCAUGUGAAAACGAAUUUUUCAGAUCGAUGAAUGUAAAAUACUGGCAAAUGUUGUAUAUAAUCUGUACCAUAUGUAUAUUUGGUCAUAAAGGAUGAGCAUCGAAACAUGUCCAAUUAAGCACUUUAAUUCCUGUUAAAUAUGAAAAGUUUGUAUCCUGUAAAUAAAGGCAUAUUAAAUCAC